AUGAAAUAUUUUUUGAUAAAACUCUGCUAUAAUAUUGUCUCACUUAUUUUUCUUUUCUCCUUUCAUUUUCUUUCUUCAUUUCCUCUUUUUUAUUUUCUGGCUUUUUUCCUUUCCACCGUUCUUCCUUCUUUUCGUUCUUUUCUUCCGCAUUUCUUUCUUUCUUUCUUUCUUUCUUUCUUUCUUUCUUUCUUUCUUUCUUUCUACAGUCCGACUAACUUUUCCGUCUUUCUUUCUUUCUUUCUUUCUUUCUUUCUUUCUUUCUUUCUUUCUUUUCUUUCUACAGUCUGGUUAACUUUUCCGACUUUCUUUCUUUCUUUCUUUCUUUCUUUCUUUCUUUCUACCUUUCCUUCUUUCUUUCUUUCUUUCUACCUUUCCUUCUUUCUUUCUUUCUUUCUUUCUUUCUUUCUUUCUUUCUUUCUUUUUCCACAGUGGGGCCAACUUUUCCUCCUUUCAUCCCGCCUUUCUUUCUUUCUUUCUUUCUUUUUUUCUACCUUUCCUUCUUUCUUUCUUUCUACAGUCCGACUAACUUUUCCGUAUUUCCUUCUUUCUUUCUUUCUUUCUUUCUUUUCUUUCUACAUCUGGUUAACUUUUUCCGUCUUUUCUUUCUUUCUUUCUUUUUUCUUUCUUUUCUUUCUUUCUUUCUUUCUUUCUUCUACAGUCCGGCUUAACUUUUCCGCCUUUCUUUCUUUCUUUCUUUCUUUCUUUUCUUUCUUUCUUUCUACAGUCCGGUUAACUUUUCCGCCUUUCUUUCUUUCUUUCUUACUUUCUUUCUUUCUUUUUCUUUCUUUCUUUAUUUCUUCUUUCUUUCUUUUCUUUUCUUUCUUUCUUUCUUUCUUUCUUUCUUUCUACAGUCUGGUUAACUUUUCCGUCUUUCUUUCUUUCUUUCUACCUUUCCUUCUUUCUUUCUUUCUUUCUUUCUUUCUUUUUUUUCUUUCUUUCUUUCUUUCAGUCUGGUUAACUUUUCCGUCUUUCUUUCUUUUUUUCUUUCUUUCUUUCUUUCUUUCUUUCUUUCUUUCUUCUACAGUCCGGCUAACUUUUCCGCCUUUCUUUCUUUCUUUCUUUCUUUCUUUCUUUCUUUCUUUCUUUCUUUCUUUCUACAUCGGGCCAACUUUUCCUCCUUUCAUUCCGCCUUUCUUUCUUUUUUUCUUUCUUUCUUUCUUUCUUUCUUUCUUUCUUUCUUUCUACAGUCCGACUAACUUUUCCGUCUUUGUUUCUUUCUUUCUUUCUUUUUUUAUUUCUACAGUCUGGUUAACUUUUCCGUCUUUCUUUCUUUCUUUCUUUCUUUCUUUCUUUCUUUCUUUCUUUCUUUCUUUCUACCUUUCCUUCUUUCUUUCUUUCUUUCUUUCUUUUUCCACAGUCAGGCCACUUUUCUCCUUUCAUUCCGCCUUUCUUUCUUUCUUUCUUUCUUUCUUUUCUUUUUUUCUUUCUUUUUCUUUCUACAGUCCGACUAACUUUUCCGUCUUUCUUUCUUUUCUUUCUUUUCUUUCUUUCUUUUUCUUUCUUUUCUUUCUUUCUAUAGUCUGGUUAACUUUUCCUUCUUUCUUUCUACCUUUCCUUCUUUCUUUCUUUCUUUCUUUCUUUCUUUCUUUCUUUCUUUCUUUCUUCUACAUCCGACUAACUUUUCCGUCUUUCUUUCUUUCUUUCUUUCUUUCUUUCUUUCUUUCUUUCUUUCUUUCUUUCUUUCUUUCUUUCUAUAGUCUGGUUAACUUUUCCUUCUUUCUUUCUUUCUUUUUUUCUACCUUUCCUUCUUUCUUUCUUUCUUUCUUUCUUUCUUUCUUUCUUUCUUUCUUCUACAGUCCGGCUAACUUUUCCGCCUUUCUUUCUUUCUUUCUUUCUUUCUUUCUUUCUUUCUACUACAGUCCGGUUAACUUUUCCGCCUUUCUUUCUUUCUUUCUUUCUUUCUUUCUUUCUUUCUUUCUUUCUCCUUUUUUCCUCCUUUCAUUCCGCCCAUCUUUGUUUCUUUCUAAUAUUCCCUUUGGUCCUGUAAUUAUUUGUACCAUAUUAGAGGGCUGUUCACGAAAGAGCUUAUCAUCUUAUGUCUUUUUAAUUUUUAAACCUACAUUCUAUCUAUCUAUCUAUCGAUCUCUUUCUGUUCAUCUAUCUAUCUAUCUAUCUAUCUAUCUAUCUAUCUAUUUUUAA